AUGGAAGGUCAAAGCUUUUUCGAUCAAGCGUCAGCUGGCUUUCGAGCCUGUUUGCCAGAUCUCAGCAGCCCGCGCUUCACUACGGCUGCAAAACAAAACGUUUACGAAUAUGUCCAGUCAAUGCAGGAUAACCGCGCACCGCCGUGGUUGCACGACUUGACUAAAGUAUGGGAAAAGCUGUUGGAGGAGCCGUACAAAGGCUUAACCAAUGACGGCAACGUGAGAUCAGGCCUUUUUAAAGCGCAGGAUGAAGGCGCGGAUGUUGGUGCUGCUGUCGCAAAAGCCGAAGAGCUGCUGAGCGGCCUGGAUGAUGAGAAGAGGAAGAAGAUAUCGUAUCCUAUCAAUGCGAGAGAAUGGCGCGCGUGGAGUAACCCGGAGUUCCUACUUAGGCCAUUCGGGCUCAGGCUGGAAGAAGUACCCGAAAGCACUGCAAAGUCGAUACUUGCCGUGGUCGAGGCAUCCCUAUCACCAGAGGGCCACCAAAAGGCACUCUCCGCUAUGCGUAUCAGCCAUUUCCUCGGAGAAGUGGUCAAGCUGCCCAACAUCAUGAACAAAUACUCGUACAACUUUCUCUUGUUCGGGACGCCCUCUACCUCGGCCUCUUCGCCAUGGGGCUGGCUCAUAUACGGCCAUCACCUCGACAUUACAUGCUUUUUCAAAGGGUCCCAGGUCGUCCUGACGCCAUCUUUUACUGGCGCAGAGCCAAACAUCAUUGACGAGGGCGAAUGGAAGGGCACCCAGAUCCUUCACAAAGAGGGCAAUCUAGGCCUAGAGCUGAUGCAGAGCUUGAACACCGAGCAGCAGCAAAAGGCGCAGAUCUUCAAGAACCUGAGAGACGAGGGAAUGAAGCAAGUCUACGGCAAGUCCAACAACGACGCGAGUAAGCGGGAUGAGCUCAUCACCGAUACCUGGGGGCCAGACGACCAGCGUCAUCGCUGCGGUGCCUUUCGCGACAAUCGCAUCGUCCCAUACGAAGGCGUUUCGGUUUCCACAUUCAAUUCCGCCCAGCAGGAGCUCGUCUUAUCCAUAUGCCACGAGUUUCUUCUCUACCACCCCUCCAAGGCCCGUGAGCGCAAGCUCCAACAGAUUAGGCAGCAUUUCACCGAGACAUAUUUCUGCUGGAUCGGUGGCUUUGGCAACCAUGACGCGUUCUACUAUCGUAUCCAGAGCCCCGUGAUUGUAGUCGAGUUUGAUCACCACUCUGGCGUCUUCUUGACCAACAAGGAGCCUGCAAAGUACCAUACGCAUACCAUUGUGAGGACACCUAAUGCGGGGGAUUACGGCCAGGCCAUCAGGGAGGGGCAUGAAAAACUAGAGUAGCGAAUUUUUCCCCCCCCCUCUUUCUUUGUUCCUCCUGUCAAGCUUGGACAAGUUACGUACAUGUACCAUGUCAGUUC